CGUUCUGUUACCAGACACGAGCCAGCAGCUGCCCUCGAACCUGGUGCAGAUCAUGGAGCAGAGAAUGAAAUUGAUCGAGCAGAGGAGUGCAUUCCUCCAGGAGCAAAUCAACCAGUCAGCCAGCCGCCUCGCCCGAGGAGUACUCGAGGGCUAACAAGGAGUUCCACAAGCUGGAGAGCACCAUGGAAUUGAUCAAGGAGCUGAGGUCAAAGCAGAAGGAAAUAAACGGGUUGAAAUCGUUGGUGACGAACUCUGCGGAGGAGAAGGACAUGCUCGAAAUGGCAGCCGAGGAACUCCUUGAGGCUGUUGAGGAGGAGAAACGACUGCAGCAUGCGUUGUUCAGAACCUUGCUUCCGAAAGAUGAAGCUGAUGAGAGGGACUGUAUAUUGGAGGUGCGAGCAGGAACUGGAGGAGAAGAGGCUUCCUUGUUUGCUAUGGAUAUAUUCAGAAUGUAUGAGAAGUAUUCCCAAAAGAAUGGGUGGAAGUUUGAUGCUAUUGACAUAAUGGAGUCUGCUGUUAAAGGAUACAAGGAAGCUAGUGGGUCCAUUUCAGGCCCUGGGGCAUACGGGAAACUUAAGUUUGAGAGUGGUGUUCAUAGAGUUCAGCGAGUCCCAGUGACUGAGAAAUCUGGACGUGUGCACACUAGUGCUGUAUCAGUCGCAGUUCUUCCUCAGGCUGAUGAGGUUGAUGUCCAACUUCGUAAUGAGGACUUGAGAAUUGAUACCUACAGAUCAGGUGGCUCUGGAGGUCAGUCUGUCAAUACGACGGAUAGUGCAGUUAGGAUAACUCAUGUUCCAACUGGAACAGUGGUUGCAAUACAAGACGAGAGAUCACAGCAUCAGAACAAGGCCAAGGCUCUCAAAGUUCUCCGGGCAAGACUGUAUGAAUUGGAAAGGCAUAGACUCCACACUGACCGAUCGAAGCUCCGUUCAGAGCAGAUUGGAAGCGGUGACAGGUCCGAGCGCAUCCGAACAUACAACUUCCCACAAGGACGUGUCACCGACCAUCGUGUUGGGGUCACGCACCAUGCAAUAGAGGACGUCAUGGAGGGGGAGAGCCUGGACGUCUUCAUUGAAGCACUGCUGCUGCAAGAAGAGAUGGAUGCAAUAGCUUCGUUUGCUUCCUGAGCCAUUAUCUGUUGGUUCUCUUCCCGGAGCUCUGAACCGCAUCAUAAACACACAGAACAGAACACUCGAGCAGCAGAGGACAGCGCAUUAUUUCUGCUGCUGUUCUGAACUCUGAACUUCCUCUGGUCCUUGUUCAUCAAGGGUUGUGGUCUUUAAGGUCAUUGCUGCAUUUGCCAUUGUUUUGGGACCAGCUGUUAUGCAUUCUCAAGUUUUGCUGGUCCUUGUUUAUCUAGGGUUAUAUGGUCUCUAAGGUCAUUGUUGUAUUUGCCAUUGUUCCGAGACCAAGUGCUGGUUCUGAUACUUUUCAC